AUCCCACCCAAAGGGGUCCAUCAUGCCCGGACACCUGCAGGAAGGCUUCGGUUGCGUCGUCACCAACCGCUUUGACCAGCUCUUGGACGACGAAUCCGACCCUUUCGAGGUGAUCCAGGCGGCCGAGAGCCGCAAGAAAGAGAGCACCGGUGGUGGGGGCGGCGGCGGCGGCGGCCACCAAGGCAGCCGCGGCGGCGGCGGCGGGCCGGCGGCCCAAGCUAACUCAUCCUCAGGCGGCGGCUCGGGCCAGGUCGGCUCGGGCGGAGGGAGCGGCAGCGCGGCGAAGCAGCUGCGCAGGGAAUCUCAGAAGGAGCGCAAGAACCCGCUGCCGCCCUUCGCCUCUUCGACUGGGCCCGGAGGCGCUGGGGACCGGCGAGAGGAUGGAGGCGGGCAGCCUGGCUCCGCGCCUCUCAGGAAGGAAGGGAUAAGACGAAUUGGCAGAAGGCCUGAUCAGCAACAGCCUCAGGGAGAGGGCAAGCCUAUUGAGAGGAGGCAGGAGAGACGGCCUCCUCGUGAACGACGAUUUGAUAAACCUGCCGAAGAAAAGGGUGAAGGAGGAGAUUUUUCUGUUGAUAAACCCAUUAUUGAUCGUCCUAUGCGUGGUCGCGGUGGUCUUGGAAGAGGUGGUCGUGGUGGAAGAGGACGUGGAAUGGGCAGAGGAGAUGGCUUUGACUCUAGAGGCAAACGUGAAUUUGAUAGGCAUAGUGGAAGCGACAGAUCUUCUCUUUCACAUUCACAUUUCAGUGGUCUAAAGCACGAAGACAAGCGUGGUGGGAGCGGAUCACACAACUGGGGAACUGUCAAAGAUGAACUGACUGACUUGGAUCAAUCACAUGCGACAGAGGAAACACCAGAAGGAGAAGAACACCCCCCUGCUGACUCAGAAAAUAAGGAAAAUGAAGUAGAAGAAGUUAAGGAAGAAGGGCCUAAAGAAAUGACUCUUGAUGAAUGGAAAGCUAUUCAGAAUAAGGAUCGUGCAAAAGUCGAAUUCAACAUCCGUAAACCAAAUGAAGGUGCUGAUGGACAAUGGAAAAAAGGCUUUGUUCUGCACAAGUCAAAGAGUGAGGAGACAAAGGGGAUGUCAGAAGUGCAGGGGAGUCAGCUGGAGCCUAAUGAGUCUCAUGCUGAGGACUCUGUAAUGGAUCACCAUUUCCGCAAGCCAGCAAAUGAUAUCACGUCCCAACUGGAGAUCAAUUUUGGGGAUCUUGGUCGUCCUGGGCGUGGUGGUAGAGGUGGAAGAGGCGGUCGUGGACGUGGGGGAAGGGCUAACCGUGGAAGCAGAACUGACAAGCUGGUUAAAGAGUUUGAUGUGAUCCACACACCCAACCAGUCAAGUGCUUCUGCUCCUGAUGUUGAUGAUCCAGAAGCUUUCCCGGCUUUGUCCUAAACUGGAUGCCCUAAGCCAACCCUGCCUCUUGUUGGGCCCUUCUCUACAAGGCUUGCAUGCUUAAGGAUCCUAAAAACAACUUAAGAUAUUAAAACGGGGACUCUCAUUCAUGCC